AUGAACCGUGGGAACUCGCAGUUUAUGGAACCAGUGAGCACACACAGCCGGCAUAACUCGUCAGCCCUUCCCGGUGCACCGGACAACUUGACGGCCAAGGACCGCUUUAUGGACUGGUGGAGCCACCUGACGGCAGAUAUUGGAUUCAAAUGGAAGAUGCGCAACCCACAGAGCAUCAACAGCAGCAACGACCCCUUCUCCUCCCGCGGCAUGAGCGAGAAGAAGGCACCGCUGGCGAACAAGCCUGACUUUUUAACGCUAUUAAAUAUGGAUGAUGGAGAGUUAGAUCGUGAGGCCCAGCGCCGUCGUGCCAGCCGCAUGAAGGGCAGCGGGUCUUCGGCGGAGCAUUUCCUCGGCGGCUUGAGCUUGAACUUUGGGGACGAUCCCUUCAGUGACUCCAAUGCCAUAGCUCAUCAAAGCGCGAAGCCAGCACCCCUCACGGUGUCACAAGCCAAUAAUCCGUUCAGUGAUGCGAACGCGAUCCCGGGACCUGUGGUCCCCAAGCCGUCUACUUAUGUAGCCGACAUUCGCCGCUCCAGAGGCCAAUCUGUCAGCGGACCUCCGCCCAAUUCGACGGACCCUCGACGGUCAAGGGGCAAGUCGAUCGGUGGCAACAGACCACCAUCCAACACGGCCGGCAUGGGCAUGUACGGCCGUGAGAGCACGGCCAGCGUGGACAGCUUUGCCACGCGCCGAAACAAGUUCCGCUCAGACCCGUUCGAUCUCGAGCGGCCGGAGCUGCUGUCUCGACCCAAUGUGCCGUCGUCAAAUGUCAGCACGGCGGGCAGCAGUGCACCGCGCUUCAGCGACUUCGAGGGCAGCAACAGCCGCUUUAGCAACGGCGUGGGGAUGAACCCUGCUGCGGUGAGGAAGCCGGUGCCCACACACUCGAGACGCGAGAGCUAUAGUUCUAAGUACUCGAGCGGUAUCAGCAUGGGCGAUUGGAGUGAUCCAGGCCCGGACGUCGGACCUGCAGCCAAUAGAUGGGACAGCAGCACGAGGUCAUCACCGACAGAGGGCUGGAGAAAUGAGGAGGAGCAAGAGCAGAGCACGAGGACAGGUAACGGGCGACGGCAGAGCCAAGGCAGCCAGAGGAGUGUAGGCAAGGCACUAUGA